CAAGACGCUAGGUUGUUUAAUGACGUUCAGUGUUGGUGCGCUGUCAACUUGUGAAGCCGAAAGUGCAAACCAGGACGGGGGCUCUGUUAUCCUAUUGACAGUCAAAUCUGCGUCAUGGCAUUGAGAAGUGCUCUGUGCCGUCUACUGGUCAACCCUCAGAGAUGUGCCAUCAUCUCAGCUACCAGAGCACAGGGAACUGCAGCACCUGCCAGAUGGGAUGCAGAGAAGACCAAGCAGACGUCUAAAGCACCAAAGGUUCAGUUCAAUUGGCUUGAUGCCCUGGACCUUGAGGGCCAGCUAACAGAGGACGAGAUCAUGAUAAGAGACUCCUUCAGGACCUACUGCCAAGAGAAACUCAUGCCUCGCAUUGUCAUGGCAAACAGAAAUGAAGUGUUCCACAGAGAAAUUGUGUCAGAGAUGGGUGAGAUGGGUAUCCUGGGCCCAACCAUUAAAGGUUAUGGUUGUGCUGGGACAAGCUAUGUGGCCUAUGGUUUGAUUGCCAGAGAGGUAGAGAGAGUGGAUAGCGGCUAUCGUUCGGUCAUGAGUGUGCAGUCAUCCCUGGUCAUGCACCCCAUCAACGCCUAUGGCACAGAGGAGCAGAAACAGAAGUACCUCCCCAAACUUGCCCGUGGAGAGAUCUUGGGUUGCUUUGGCCUAACUGAGCCAAAUCAUGGCAGUGACCCCAGCAGUAUGGAAACCAGAGCCAAAUACAAUCCAUCCAGUCGCACCUACACUCUUUCAGGCUCAAAGACCUGGAUUACCAACUCCCCGCUGGCAGAUAUUGCUGUAGUUUGGGCCAAAUGUGAUGACGGGAAGAUCCGAGGCUUUAUUUUGGAGCGUGGCAUGAAGGGCUUCUCAACACCAAAGAUUGAGGGAAAAUUCUCUUUGAGAGCCUCAGUCACUGGUAUGCUCCUCAUGGACGAGGUGGAGGUUCCUGAGGAGAACUUAUUGCCUAAUGCUACAGGCCUGGGGGGUCCUUUUGGCUGUCUGAAUAACGCCCGCUAUGGUAUUGCAUGGGGAGCUCUAGGUGCUGCUGAGUUCUGUUUCCAUGCAGCUCGACAGUACACACUUGACAGAAUCCAGUUUGGAGUGCCACUGGCAAGGAAUCAGCUGAUGCAAAAGAAAAUGGCCGACAUGCUGACAGAGAUCACCAUUGGCCUUCAGUCGUGUUUGCAGCUGGGUCGACUCAUCGAUCAGAAAAAAGCAGCCCCUGAGAUGAUAUCCAUGCUGAAGAGGAACAGCUGUGGUAAAGCCCUCGAUAUCGCCAGGCAGGCCAGAGACAUGCUGGGAGGAAAUGGCAUCUCAGAUGAGUACCACGUCAUCCGCCAUGUCAUGAAUCUAGAGUCUGUCAACACAUACGAAGGUACUCAUGAUAUUCAUGCUCUGAUCCUGGGCAGAGUCAUCACUGGCCUGCAGUCCUUCACUGUAGGAAAAUAAAUCCCACUCACACUACCCAAACAACAAAAACCUGCUAAAGAAAUGUAACAUGCAUGUCAACUCUGCAGCAGAUUGUUAGAGAAAAAUAUUAGUUUUUGCUAAGGUCUGUGGGUUGUAAUAUCAAAACAGUUACAAGUCAAACGUGUGGACUGUUGUGAAGUGUAAGUAAUGUAAAAUCAGAUUUUCAACUUUAAAGGGCUAUUUUUCUACUCCUUAUCCCAUCAACACCAGACAGAGUAAAUUCAUUUUAUAGACUUCCGUUUACACUACUGUAGUGAAGCAUUACCAUUUCUGUAGAUGCUCAAGAUCUACAUUUGCUGCUCAUUGGUGUGUAUGCAAUAUUAAUAUUUACUGUAAUCAUAAAACAUCACAGCAUAAAUGGCCCCUAAUUCUUUUGAACUUUUUUUGCUGUUUUAAUUUGAUUUAAUGCUGGUGUUUUUAUUGUAUUAGAGAUAUGAUCUUACAUAGAUUAUAAGGUCAAUGUUUUUUGUAAAGAUGGUGAUUACAUUUGGCACUUUACUAGCUCUGUCAUUGAAAUUUAUUUCCUUUCCAUGGUUUGCCAGAGGGCAAAGAUGUUGAUCAAAGCUUAAAUAAAAGAUAUUUUAAUUACA